CGUUCACGUACUGUCACGUCUCAACGCCGCUGAAGAAGAGGUCGCUGCACAUGUGACGCUCACACUGAAGAUAUUGUGUCAUGUGGAAUCAAGCUUGCAGUCCGUCCUCUGCGAGGAAAUCCGGCCACAAAGCAGGGAAAUCAAAGAAAGCAGCUCUUCAGAUUUUGCCCUGCACAGUGUCUCAGCUUCUGUCUGCUUCUCCAGUCAGCAGUGAUGCCUUUGCGAUCUGCGACUGGGAACUCAACCAGGUGUCUGUUGUGGGUGUCAUCAGAGGGCUGUCUCCCUUCGUGACCAACGUCCAGUACGCCGUGGACGACAUGACGGGUCCACGUUUAAACGUGAAGCAGUGGGUCAGUGCAGAGGACGGCGCAGUGAUGACGUUCGCUUCUCUUGGAACAUAUGUGAAGGUCAUAGGAAAUCUACGCAAUUUCAGUGGUCAAAGGUCAUUGCUGGCAGUGAAUAUCCGUUGCAUCGACGACCCGAAUGAAAUCACGUCCCACAUGUUGGAAGUGGUACAAGCCCAUAUGGAGCUUUUCGGAACGAAUUCAAGGGUGUGA